AUUUCGUUGCAUUUGCUUCUGCCUUCUUGCCUAACUUUUCAUCAAAUCUCUUCCUGAUUUUCUCUAUUUAUAAUCACCCUCCAUGAACAUCCUCCAUUAAUGAGAUAAAAAAAUUUAGCAGAGACUUUUCAUCUUCGUCUUCAUCUUCUUCAUCAUGGUAGAGGAUAUGCCACCUGGGUUUCGUUUUUACCCUACUGAAGUUGAGUUGAUUUCCUUCUAUCUUCAUCACAAGCUUCAUGGUAACUCAGAGGAAUUGAAUCGGAUUAUGGACCGCGUUAUACCUGUCGUAUAUAUUUACGACUUCAAUCCUUGGGACCUUCCACAAUUUUCAGAAAACCUGUGCCACAAAGAUCCUGAACAAUGGUUCUUCUUCAUUCCGAGACAAGACAGUGAAGUACGGGGAGGGAGACCAAACAGACUGACCACUGAAGGAUAUUGGAAGGCUACUGGGUCACCCGGCUUUGUUUACUCUUCAAAUGGCGUAGUUGGGGAAAAAAGAACAAUGGUUUUCUAUAGAGGAAGAGCUCCAAAUGGAAGAAAAACUGAAUGGAAAAUGAAUGAAUACAAAGCCAUGGAAGGAGAAACAUCGACAUCGGUAGGACAAGGUUUCAGUUUGUGCCGGAUCUACAAGAAAUCGAAAUGCUUGCGGGCCUUUGAUCGGCGUCCACCUCUACCACUUCCACCGCUUCAACUGGGAGCAGUAAUUGGCGAGCCAAGGGCUCAGCAAGUUGAAGAUCACCGUGGUGAUGAGGCGACAAACUGUCAUCGUCGUCAGACUAGUUCUCAAAUAUUAAAGCCAGAGAGAACAGGCUCACUAGAGAGUUCAUCCUCAGGAAACCAUGGCCAAACCUCUCAAAAUAAUCUAAGUAACAACACGGCAGUGGGUUUUGAUUAUGAUCAACUGGGGUGGGAUAUGGCUCAAUUGGAUUGGUUCUGCGGUCUGUGACAGAAGAAAUUAAUCUAAGUACGUCAAAGAACAAAAUCUAGUAAGAACAAACUUACCAUGUGCUUGCGUCGCUGGGAAAAGCCAAAACUGGUUUGUCUAGAUUUCAGCUGGUACUUUUAUUUAAUGUAAAUCAAUAAAUAAAAAAAGCAUACCUAUUAUAAGGUGUAUUAUGUGUGUA